CCAAAUAACGUAAAAAAUAUACAGUGAUUCGAAUUUUAUUUGGAGACCGUUGUUUUGUGACUUGGCUAGUUUUAUAAAUUAUUAACGAAUAUAGUAAUAUAAUUAGUUGUGAUUAUCUGUUUGAAUAUAAAUUAUUAACGAAUAUAGUAUAUAAUUAGUUUUGAUUAUCUGUUUGAUCUUAUUUGAAUUUUACAAGCAAAAUGUUUCAAAAUAUGUUGAUGACGGGAUUUACUCCAUUAAAUGCUACAAAUGAGAAUGACUGCUGGGAUAACAGACCGUUUAUCACCAAAUGGCCUGAGAUUCAAAAUAACCAACAGAAAAAAGUCGAGGAAGUCACCAAAACAAUAAAGAAGAAGCACAAGCGCACGCGCACGGCGUUCACCACGGAGCAGAUCCUGUACCUCGAACACGUGUUUAAAUCCCAGCAGUACAUCGACAGGCAGAAACGCAUCGAACUAGCCAAGCGCAUCCGGAUCGGGGAGCGACACAUCAAGAUCUGGUUCCAGAACCGAAGGAUGAAGAAGAAGAGGGAAUCAGAGUCCAGCUCAGACGUCGAGUCAUCCGGCUCCUCGCCACCCCCUGUUGUGACGUCAUCGACUACCAACGAAGAACCCUCCCUUCUGCAGCAGUAUGUCGAGUCGUUUGCCAUCCCUGAUUCAGAACAUCAGUAUGUUGAUCCUUAUCAAGAGAACGGGCAACUGCCUCCUCAGUAUGUGCCGAAUAUGUUCAAGUCUGAGGAACAGGAGCAGUAUCAAUUGCCGAACUACACUCCGCCUGAGUAUGGCUACGAGUUUAGUACUGAUGUUUACCCGACGGAGUAUUAUCCGAAUGCAACAGAUGUGAUAGGGAACUACAAUGAUUUCUAUCAACCUGAAGAAGUGAUGUCGGCGGCGGGCGCCUGCCAGCCACAACAGAACAACGGGCAAGAUCAAACUUGGUAUGAGUACAAUAUGAAUUAUUUUCAAAAUGGAUACGGUUGGUAGUGAUACUUACAAUAAAUUAAUGUUAGGUUUACCUUUAUGAACCUAGUAAGUAAUUUUAUUUUGGAUUAAUUAAUAUAUUUUAUGGCCUAUAAUAAUUACGAUUAUCGUAAUAGAUCUAUUUAUUUUAACUUAUUGAACUAAUUUAAUUUAUAAGACUGAAAUAAUGUACCCUGUGAAAUUAAUAUAAGACUAGAUUUAUGUUAAAUUAAAAGUUUUAGUUAAAUUGAUGUAGUAGUAGAUGUAGUAAGACUAGGUUUAUGAUUUACUGAUAAAUAAGUUUGUUAAUAAAUCAUUUUAUUAAUUGGACUGCUGACUUCAAUAUUCUCAUUCUAAGCUCACCUUCUUCUGUGAGAAACUUAAUAUUUUUGUUGUUGUAGCUUAAUAUUUUUUCAUUAUUAUACCCUUAUCUUCGACUAACCUUAAUUUUAACUUGUUUUGAGAAUAUUUACUUUAUACGAUAGUUAUGAAAUUGAUUGUAUACAAAAUAGAUAUAGUGCUUUUAUUUUAAGGACAUUAUAGGAAACAAUAAUUACGAGGUAGGCAAGUUCUGUAAUUCAAAAUGCGAACUAAUAAAAUUUCACACAAU